AUGUCCUCGAGAGGUAGUUAUGAUUGGAUCUCCAUUAUCAAGGACAACAUCAACAAACACGACUACGAAGUUAAAGCUAAUGGUAGUUUUGUCUCUGAUCUUACUCUAGAUAUGAACUUUAGAUAUAAAGUUGCUUCGGAUUGGUUGAGCAUUGAUUGGAAAUGGACAUUGAGCACGUCGGAUUCUCUGUUGCACUUUAGAAUGGGAGGAAGUGCUAGCUUCAUGGAAAGAGAAGGGUGCCUCUUUGAGGGGACCUUUAACAUCGCAUCAUCCCCCUCCGCAACCCCAUCAAUAUGGAGAUUCGGCAAAGACUCCGCCCAACUUUAUGUUCUAAGAAAUGGAGAAAUUGUUGGUAACGUUUCACGAGCGUCACUUGCCUGUCUAGAUGACGAAGAAUGGGGGGAAAUAGCAGGGACUUACAUUAAGCUUAUCAGCGAAAAGAGCGAUACAAAAGCUUCAUUAUUUUAUAGGAGAGUUUGCAGUGUCUCCGAAGAUGCAGACGAGAACUCACUGCAAUGCGUAAAGUGUGACGAAGGAACGGUGCAUGCAGAUGCAGAGGGAACAGAAUGUAUCGAUUGUGGCGCAGGGACCUACAAAACCUCUGAUAUGACAACAUGUGAACGGUGUCCGGUAAACACGAUCAGUUCAGAAAAGGCGACAAGCUGCACAAAAUGUCCUGAAGGAACUGGCGCUCUCUUUAAAAGAACAGAAUGUGUGUGCUUACUAAAAAAUGAGCAUGAUAAAGUGUACGGAGACUACACCUGGGGAAAUGUUAUACUAGGAGAAAUGGGGGAACUUCCUUGCUUCCAUGAUUUCAAUGACAAGUUCAUGGCCCGCAAAUUUUGUUCGGAGGAUGGAAUUUUCAGCAAGACUGAUUAUACAGACUGUACCACCUCAGCAACAAACAAACUGGACGACCUUUCUAAGAAAACAGAAAACAGCUCAAUGUCGGAAUCAGAUCCAGACACCCUAUCAGAAUUACUCAAAGAAGCUUCGGAGCAAUCAGGCAACGAACUAAGCUAUAAUGAAGUGAUGAAAGCAUCUGAAAUCAUGGAGUCACUUUUUUCACAAGGAGAUCAGAAUACGACAAGAUCGGAGCUCUUCUUAGAUAAUAUGAUCAAUUCUAUUGAUAAUAUCCAGAGAAAUGCGGGGAGUGGGCAGAUUCGUGGAACAGAAGUCAGCUCGAAAUUGAGAGAUGUUUCUGUAGCAAUAGCGAGCAAUCUUGUGAGAGGAUCUGAUCCGACUACAGUCAUCAUGAAGGAGUCAAUUGGUUUUGGUGUUGCCAAAAAGGAAAAGGAAAAGAAUGUGCUAACUUUAGCGGGUGAUAAGAAGGUCCAGUCAGCUGAUACUGAUAGUGAUAACGUAUACUUUUCGGCUGAAUUGGAAACGCCAGAAGAUCUGGUUGCCACAGCGGUGUUUCAUCAGUCAGACAAACUUUUUCCGUCCAAUCUGACAUGGCAGAUGAGCAGUUCUGGCUCUUCAGAGAAAGAGGAGGAAGCAGUCUUUAAAGAUCUCACAGAUAAUAUUCAUGAAGCGAAACAGGAGGUCGCGUUUGUGGCUACUAUCAUUACGGAUAUCAACAUAAUAGACACAAAGACUUUGAAAUUGUCAAACUCGCAACUAGAGCAAAAUAUAAGUAUGAACUUCGCAGUCACGGACUUUGUUUCGAAAGUACAUACCAGAACGAAACGAAAAAAUGUUGUUCACCAUCACCUGGCUUGUAAAUUCUACAACGUUACACUAAAUGAUUGGAGUGAACAAGGGUGCGAGACAAGGACGGUUUACAAUGAAGAGAAAGGAGUUUAUGAUGUGACCUGUUUGUGUGAUCAUCUCACUAGUUUUGCGGUUCUCAUGUCAUUUUCGAGCGAAUCAAACGAAGCUGAGGAAUCUGCGACGCUGAUUUUACUAAGUGGCAGUUUAGUCUGUUUGGUACUUACUCUGCUGGCUACCCUUCCUAUCAAGCAACAACAAAGAAGAGAGCACUCGAAAGUGAACAUGAUGCUCACAACUUCCCUUAUAUUGUCCAUUUCCUGCUUCUUUUUAAUGGACACCUUUGUUUCCACGGAACCUGAAGCGACCACUCCUUGCUUAAUUAUAGCAUUCCUUCUGAACUACUUUUGGCUGUGUCAACUAGGCUGGAUGGUUGUAGAGGCGGUGACUAUGUAUAAGGCACUAGUCAGGGUGUUUGGGACUGCUAUUGAUAACGCUUUGUUGAAGUACUGUUUGGGCGGAUGGGGUGUUCCGAUAAUAUUCCCGCUCAUUGGACUAGCUUGGGGUAAUGUCUCACAGUAUGCUGAUCCUAAAACGUGUUUUGUAAGGUACCCGUACGGGUUAGCAUCAUUCUACGGCCCAGUUGUUCUGGGGGUGCUCACUAUUUGGGCUAUGUUCUUCUCUAUUGCAAAGGUUAUUAUGACAGCUAGUGCCGCUAAAGCCAAGUCAAAGGGCGAUUCUACUGUCACAUUGAGACGGAGACAACUACUUUCUUCAUUUGCUGUGUCAACCCUGCUGGGUCUUGGUUGGAUUGUUGGUUUCUUUCUGCUGAUGAAUAACUCAAACUACGGUCAAAUCAAUACUGUCAUGAGAUGGGCUUUUAUUCUCCUCAACGCCCCUCAGGGUAUAUUCAUAUUCGUGAUGUACGUCAUCAUGAGCAAGAAGAUAAGAGGAUACUGGAUAGACAGGUUGCUGUGCAGACAGUCUAUUGACCCUGACGUUACUGGAGUCUCCCUCGCUUACACCACUCACUCUACAGCUGACAAUGGGUUGCGUAUGCCUAGAAGUCCAGUACCAGCACCUCGGAGUCCCAAACCACCCGCUGGAACAAGACUGACAACCGGAGCGCCAACUCAUGGUAGAAGCAGAACUCCUAGCCCUUGUAGGGGAUCUAGAAAUCCCAGUCCCAGAAGAGCAUCUGACAAUGUGCAAAGACUUCGGGUGAUGAGCUAAGAAUAAGAUUAGCACUGUGCCGCCAGAGUGCCACCAUAUUAUAUAGUGCCACCAUUGCAUAGUGCCACCAUAGUGCCGCGACAGUGCCGCGACAGUGCCAUCGGGAUCCGAAUGUAUGAGCGACUAGAUGAACUAUAAAAACCAUUUAGAUAAAUAUAAAUGUGUGGAAACUGCAAGCUUGUGUUUUGCAAUAUGUACUGUACAUGUACCAAAUAUGUGACUGUUUAGUGUUUAACUGAGUUUGAAAUUAAAACAAUCUGUAAUGUUUUGAGUCAAAA